GAUCUCAAAGAUUUUGCUCGUCAAUCCGGACUAGACGUGGUCUACUCCGAGACCGGCCGCGAAGUCGGCAGAGGGUUCGUCGAGUACGAGACCGCAAACGACCUGAAGACCGCCAUCGAAAAGCUGGAUGGCCGGGAAUUCAAAGGCUCACGAGUGACCUGCGUUGCCGAUAUCCAAACCCCUGAUGACCGGGCCCUGCGUGACCCCUACCGGUCCCGGUCCCCUCGACGGAGCUAUCCUCCCAUAGAUGAAUACGACCGAAGGUUCCCAGCCCCUCGUGGAUACAGCCCGCGCGCCCACUACCGGGAGCGAUCCCCCAUUCCACUCCGGCGGGACUACUAUGACCGGGAUGGCUAUGGGCGGCGGACGCCCCCGCGUCCUCGGAUUGAAGACUACCCUCCGCCGCGCCGCCCAUAUGAAGACCCGUAUGAUGUCCGUCCCCCGCCGCCCCCGCGUUAUGACGACCCGUACAUUGCACCCAGGCCCUAUGGACGUCCCCGCUCUCCUCCGCGGGUCGAGUAUCCCUACGAGCGCCGUGCAUACUGGUAA